AUGGACUCUAAAAACACAACCGCUGGGAAUUUUUCUCUUAUCGGGGAGAACACAGGUUUGGAAAUGCAGUUAUCCAAGGGUAUUGCUAUCUUGAUAACUCUACUGACAUCUUGUCUGAUUUCACUCACAGUUCUAGGCAACACUUUUGUCAUAGUGGCUUUUAUCAUAGACAAGCGACUCAGAAAUCAGAGUGACUUUGUGCUUCUGAAUUUGGCCAUUUGUGAUUUUGUAAUAGGUGCCUUCACAUCCCCUAUGUACGUACUAUAUUUCUUGACUGGAAAAUGGAUGUUUGGGACAACUCUAUGUAAACUGUGGCUAACUGUCGACUAUACGGUUAGCACGGCAUCAGCAUUUAACGUUGUUCUUAUCAGCUACGACAGAUUUCUUUCUGUGACCAAAGUGGUUUUGUAUCGGUCGCUGCAAAACAAACGUAGUCAUACUUUCGUGAGCCUCGCAUCUGUGUGGAUUUUCUCAUUUGGUCUAUAUGGCCCCGCCAUUCUUUCCUGGAGAAAUGAAGAUAUUGACAGCACUGCUCCUGUCACCACAUGUGUUCCUGGAUUUAAUGACGUAUGGUAUAUUAAUUUCGGAAUAUCUUGUGUAGAUUUUGCUCUUCCCCUGAUUAGCAUUUCAUUCUUUAAUUUGAGCAUUUACUGCAAUAUAAAGAAAAGAAGCAGAAAGAAAAGGCAGAAAUCAGUCUUAGGAAAACAAAAGGAAAAUGAUGGAAAUCUAAAUAUUGUUGCAUCAAAUAGUGUUCUUUUUUCUGCACAACUACAUGCAAUGGGGAACCAUGGAACAGAGAAAAAACUUGCACUGUGUCUCAGGCAUUGCUUUCCCUAUAGGAAGCCAUCCUCCUUUAUCCACAAUAAUGCUACACUGCAGCAUAGAAACAUUUCUCAGGUUAAUCUUUCCCGGGAUGAAAAAAUUGCCAGAUCUCUUUCAAUCUUGGUUUGUGCCUUUAUCAUUUGCUGGGCUCCUUAUACAUUUCUUGCCAGUAUCCGUGCUGCUUGCAGUGGUUAUUGUGUUGCUUCCUACUGGUAUGACAUAACUACAUGGAUACUAUAUAUGAAUUCAGCCAUUAAUCCUAUCCUUUAUCCUUUGUGCCAUAAAUGUUUUAGAAAAGCUUUUGUUCUGGUUGUAAAAAAAAGCAAGAAAUUCCUUAAAAUAUAA